AUGUCCCCUCCACAGAAAGUCUCUUUGUAUUCGGCCAACGAUCUGAAGAAUGCCACUGAUGAUGCCCUAGCUCCUUAUCUGACGACGCUCCCGAAGCCCUACACAUUCACACAACAACACUACCUCACCAACAUUCGGCUAGCACUGGGUUACACCGCAGUCAUCAUCGCGGGUGGCUUAUUCUACGCGGACUACAAACUCGGCUGGGACGCGACUAAGGCCUACACUGCUCCAGCUUGCGUGGCAUAUUUCAUUUUGAAUGGGGCCUUGACGUUCUGGACCUGGGCGGUCGAGGGGGGCACGAUAUUUGUGGGCAUCAGAGAAGGAGGUCAGAAGUUGACAAUCAAAUCCUCAAUGCAGAAAUACAAACCAACAUAUAAACUCAAAGUUACGUACGAGGCGCCCUCAGGCAUAAAGUGGGAGGACAAAGAGUUUGAGGGCGCGUUCACACAGUGGUUCAAUACGCAGGGUUAUCUACAGACGAAAGAGCUGCGGGCGUGGCUGGCACAAAAUAUCGAGGUCCUGGGCCUUGCUGAGAAAGAGACCAGGGGUAACAGCUUGAACAAUCAACCCGCCUCAAUCCCCAUGAGAGCGGAUGAGACAAUGGAGCACCCAUCAGCCACUCCGUCUUUCCCCACAGGAAUCGAGACUUCAGCCAUCCCGGCCAGUGCUAAGAAAGGACGCAAGAAGAAGAAGGCGUGA